AUGGAUCUCUCUGAAUGGUCUGAUAUUACUCCAAUCGAGCUGGACGAUGGCGCCAGCUCUGCCAUGCCGCUGGCCACCAUCGCCUAUCCGCCCGAGUACCUGGAGGCGACCGCGUAUCUGCGCGCCGUCAUGGCCGCCAAUGAGAUGUCCGAGCGGGCAUUGAGCCUCACCAAGGAGGUCAUUGCAAUGAACCCAGCCCAUUAUACCGUAUGGAUCUACCGUGCAAAGAUUCUAUUUGCAUUGGACAAAGACCUCAACGAGGAAUUGAGCUGGCUAAACGAUGUAUCAUUGAAAUACCUCAAAAACUAUCAAAUCUGGCACCAUCGCCAAGUGCUACUAUCAUCAAAAGCACAUUUCCCAACCUUCCCACCCAAGGAAGCAGAUUUCUUAAUGGAGAUGUUCGCCCAAGACUCCAAAAACUACCACGUCUGGACCUACCGCCACUGGCUAGUCCGCCACUUCAAACUCUGGGAUCAACCCCGCGAGCUCGAAGACGUCGAAGCACUCCUCAAAGCCGACGUGCGCAACAACUCCGCCUGGAAUCACAGGUACAUGCUCCGCUUUGGACCGCGAGACCCCGCCCCCGACGCGGGGAUGGUGAACGCAGGAGACAUGACCACGGCACCGACCGAUAAGGGCCGACUCCCACUUGUAGACGAGGACAUGAUUGAUGGCGAGCUGAAGUUCACGCAGGAGGCUAUUCUGCGGGCGCCGGAGAAUCGGAGUCCGUGGUGGUAUGCGCGGGGUGUGUUGAGGGCUGCGGGGAGGGGAUUGGGGGAGUGGGAGGGGUUUGCUGGGGGUUUCGUGUCGGAGGGAGCCGUGAAGAGUUCUCAUGCCGUGGAGUGGUUGGCUGAUGUGUUUGCGGAGAACGGCGGUGCUGUGAAUGCGGUUCAGAUGUUGACUUUGCUGAAGGAGAAGUAUGAUCCUAUUCGGAAGAAUUAUUGGGAUUAUCGGAUUCGGAAGUUGGAUCAGGUUGCAUUGUGA